UAUGCUUCUAAUGCACUAGUUAACAAAUCCAAAUCGACUCUCAUUCCUCUUACGGCAAAUGCCAGCAGAGUGGAACUGCCAGAUCAAGCCAAAUUUAAUCUGUUAUUAGAUACACAAUCUAAUAUCACGAUUUUAGCCUUUACAGUUGAUACCAGAGGAAACUCAGAUAAGGUCCUUUGGAGCAACACGAUCAAAAAAAUUAAAGAUAAGAUCCAGGACUUGUCUCAGAGAAAUCUCUCUUUUAAAGGAAAGAUUCUUGCAACCAAAAUGUUACUCAUUUCAAAAAUCUGGUACUCGGCUUAUCUCCUUCCUCCAACAAGAAAACAACUUAAUGAAAUUGACUCUCUCAUUAAAAAAUGGAUCAAAAACAAUUCACAAAUGCUUUCACAGUACUCAGUAUUUCAGCGCAACUAUGAACAAGGAGGACUGGCAGCUUCUAUUCUCAAAGAUAUGCUAGAUGCCAGACUUCUCAUAAUACUGCUCAAACUUCUAACUAGUAACACCUUACCUUUUAGGCUACUAUAG